AGAGGCUCAGACCUGGCUUGCGAAUGGCCCAUAGCGGUCAUUUAAUUGCACCAGCACAGCAGUUACGGUUUGUCACUCGACCCUCCGGAACCGCCUCAUGUGUCCCCAGUGAGACUCCUGGGCGCUGCCAGAGCCCGGCCUCUUGAUAGCUGGAAGCACAUCCUGCUGGGGGCAGCGCGGGCUCAGGGUACACGUUCGCGCACAUGCGCGCGCGCACAUGAACACGCGCAAGCCCUGAGGUGCGCACCGAUAUCCGUGCCGGUUUAGCGGUUCUACGACCCAAAGAGUCCAGGGAGAUCCACCGUGUGGUGCCUGGCGUGUAGGACCAUGCAGCCGCCCUGUGGCUUGGAGCAGCGGCCCGCGAUGUCCCGGCCACUGUGAACCCUUUGGCCUGCGCCAACCUGCUCAGCCCAGACAGGCUCAAUCUCUGGUACACUCCACUCCACGGGAGGCCACCGGCACCGAGCAGCAAGAGGGCGCAGGAAAGGCCUCCCCCCUCUGGCGGGGGACGCCAGGCUCAGCGUAGGGACAAGCACUCCGGACUGAUUGGCACUGGCGGCGAGGGAUGUCGCCCUGGCCGAGGUGGCAUGGACCCGCCAUGGCGCGGCUCUGGGGCUUAUGUUGGCUGGCUGUGGGCUUCUGGAGGGCCUCUCUCGCCUGCCCCAUGUCCUGCAAAUGCAGUGCCUCUAGGAUCUGGUGUACGGAGCCUUCUCCUGGCAUCGUGGCGUUUCCAAGGUUGGAACCUAACAGUGUCGACCCGGAGAACAUCACUGAAAUUUUCAUCGCAAAUCAGAAAAGGUUAGAGAUCAUCAACGAAGAUGAUGUGGAAGCUUAUGUGGGGCUGAAAAACCUGACAAUCGUGGAUUCCGGAUUAAAAUUUGUGGCGUACAAAGCCUUUCUGAAAAACAGCAACCUGCAGCACGUGAAUUUCACACGAAACAAGCUGACGAGUUUGUCGAGGAAGCAUUUCCGCCACCUUGACUUGUCUGAGCUGGUCCUGGUGGGCAAUCCAUUCACGUGUUCCUGCGACAUUAUGUGGAUCAAGACUCUCCAAGAGACGAAGGGCAGCCCAGACACGCAGGACUUGUACUGCCUCAAUGAAAGCAGCAAGAACACGCCCCUGGCAAACCUGCAGAUCCCCAACUGUGGUCUACCGUCUGCACGCCUGGCUGCCCCUAACCUCACAGUGGAGGAAGGGAACUCUGUCACCCUUUCCUGCCGUGUGGCAGGUGACCCACUCCCCACGCUGUACUGGGACGUUGGGAAUUUGAUUUCCAAACACAUGAAUGAGACGAGCCACACGCAGGGCUCCUUAAGGAUCACGAACAUUUCCUCUGAUGACAGCGGGAAGCAGAUCUCUUGUGUGGCGGAAAACCUGGUGGGAGAAGACCAAGAUUCCGUGAACCUCACUGUGCAUUUUGCACCGUCCAUCACAUUCCUCGAGUCUCCAACCUCAGACCACCACUGGUGCAUCCCGUUCACUGUGAGAGGCAACCCCAAGCCCACGCUCCAGUGGUUCUAUAACGGGGCAAUACUGAACGAAUCCAAAUACAUCUGCACUAAAAUCCAUGUGACCAACCACACGGAGUACCACGGUUGCCUCCAGCUCGACAAUCCCACUCAUAUGAACAACGGAGACUACACUCUGAUGGCCAAGAACGAGUACGGGAAGGAUGAGAGACAGAUUUCUGCUCACUUCAUGGGCCGACCUGGAAUUGAUUACGAGACAAACCCAAACUACCCUGAAGACCUCUACGAAGACUGGACCGUAGCAACUGACAUCGGGGAUACCACAAACAAAAGCAAUGAGAUCCCUUCCACGGAUGUUGCCGACCAAAACAAUCGGGAGCGUCUCUCGGUCUAUGCUGUGGUGGUGAUUGCGUCUGUGGUGGGAUUCUGUCUGCUGGUGAUGCUGCUUCUGCUCAAGUUGGCAAGACAUUCCAAGUUUGGCAUGAAAGGUUUUGUUUUGUUUCAUAAGAUCCCACUGGAUGGGUAGCUGAAAUAAGGAAAAGACAAAGGAGGGCUGUGGUGCGUGUUGCUUGCCGCCCUCUGAGCUGGUCUCCUGGGACUCCCGUUGCUGAUCCCAGGAAGUCCGCUUAUUUGGGGGUGUCUGGUGGAAAUGGGCGGUUCUCGGAGGAUAUCUGCAGCCUGCUUGUUGUAAGCUGUGGUUGGGGAACACCAAGGCAAAGGCGGGUCUCAGGCAGCUCAGAAGCAGUGGAAGAAUGCACUGAGAUUCACCUCUUCUUACAGUAGUUCAAAUAGAGAAUCCAAGGGAAAUCUCAUUGGGUCGCGUCUCUCUUCUAAAGGCGCGCUGUUUGACGAUACUGGAAACGUGCUGACAUCAAUUGCUUCUGUUUAUUAAAGGUGAUUUUCAAGUUUAAAAGCCACGCAUCCAUCUAUCUAUCUAUCUAUCUAUCUAUCUAUCUAUCUAUCUAUCUAUCUAUCUAUCAUCUAUCUAUCUAUCUAAAGUCAUCGCUAGAUCUAAGCGUACACUAAACGUCUAAUCUGCCUGUAGCACUUACUUCAGCAUUUUCUGUUCUCUAAUCCUUACUGACUUCUGUGAUUCUACCUGCAACCUCGGGGACUAAACAAGCUAAGGGCGCAUAUACCUUGCUUUGGGGACUUUGUGGUGUCACUAAAGGGCUCUUUGCUUUGCUGGCAGCAGAGAUCCAAACUUUUAGCUUAGGUGUCAGAGCACACAAUGCUAACGGUUGCUUAAGCCCAUGCUGGCAAAAUUCAGGGGCAGCGGCGGCAGCGGCUGCGUGGCCAGGGAUGUGAAUCUAGAUUAAACAUGGUCUGAGAGAAACUAACGGCAGACUAUAUACACGUGAGGGGUUAUCAUCUUGACCCCUUUCAUUGCCUGCUGCGAACCACCUGUCUUUUCGGAGUCUGCCCAGCAAGAAGGCCUCACAUCGCAUGCUGUUUGCAUUACAGUACCGCAGUUUUUCCAGCAUGAAUAGGCCUGCGAGCAGACAGGCUGGCCCGCUGUGAGCAGGAACACACGGUCUAAGGACAGUCCCCGGGAGCUUGCUGCCCUACUGCUGGGUUUGCCUGGCCAGGAAAGCUCGUCCUGACCCCAGCAGCAAAGAGGCAGCAGGUUACUAAUGAAUGUGGGCUUUAAAGUGACCGUCCUCAGCGCUGAGAGGGCAGCCUUCUAGCUAUCGAUUGCUGCUGCCCCCAACUAUGCCCACUUUAAUUUGACCCCCAGGCCCCUCUCUCAUUGACUUUGUCACCACAGUAGGCUUUGUGGGCCCUGCCCCAUCUGCACCAGGCAGCAGCUUUGUCCUUUCCCUCCGAUACUCCUUUCAUUUAGGUCCCCUUCAGAGCCAGUAUGGGACAUUUCAUUUCAAAUCCACGCUCAACUCUAUCACGCAAGCACACAGAGAACACGCUGACAUGAAAACUUAUUAGCAUUCCCCUUUGCAAAGGUAGUUUAUCUUUAAGGAUUCGCAGGUUUUUCUUUUAACAACCCCAGCAUGUUUGGAAAGGGUUUUGAAUGCUUUGUCAGUUUGGUAUCAAUCUUAAUAAAGCCAGAACCCGUUAGGCCCCACUUGAUGUAAGACGAAUACUGUGGUAUUUUACACUACAUUGUCGCUGGACUCGGGCCUUUUGCGAGUCUGUGGGUUACAGUAUUUGCCUUGGCCAUCCAUGCCUGUAUCUGAAGAGGGCCAGGCGCUCCCACAGGAUUUCACGGGCUUUGUCUCCAGGUGCAUGCUGGGUCUCAGCACAAGGAGGACUCAGUGUCCUGUGCUUUCCCAUGGCCCAGCUUGCCGCCGCUGAGUGACAGCUCCUGCCAUGAUGAAAAUUUCUGCCUUUCCCAAAGGUGUUGACUUACAAAGAGGUCAGCGAAUAGCAGAGAUCUUGACCCCUGAAAGGAAAAUGAAAUUAGAACUGCCAGCCAGGCAGGGCCUCCAUGUGGCAAACACUCGUAUAUCGGCCAUUUGGCACCAAAACAAAACAAAACAAAAAGCCCCAAACAAUAACAAACUUUUAAACUUUUCUGUUGUUCCAUGGAGCCAUGAGAGGGUGAUGGAUUAUUUGAAGAUCGUUUUUUAAGUUUCUCAGAUCAGAAAGAAAAAAGGCAAUCAUUUCAGUGAGCAGCUGGGAGGAAUACAGGGUAAUUUUUGUUUUAAGCUGUAAAGAAGUGGACAGAUAAGGCAACUUAAUAUCCUAAAGGCCACUUGGCAUCUUCCAGGGACUAACAAAAGCAGGUGGCUGUCAGAAAAUUGUUUCAUAUGGUCCCUGUGUUCUUUGCUUCUUCUUUUCUUAACCCCCAAGGGCUACCAUCACUAACACAGCCUUUCUUUUCUAUACAUUUCCUUUAUCCUUGGCUUUUUUUUUUUUUGGUCCCCCAGAAGAAAUCUGCUCUUUGGGGGAGUCACAAUGGUGUGUGUUUUAUUUUACAGCAUUAGGAAGGGAGAAGGGGCGUUUUUACUGGAGUUAGGUCUGUGGGGCUCUAAUUCCUCAGGAGUUAGGGUUUGCAGUGCCAGGCAAAUCUCCUACACGCUCACAGUGGUCUAGGUGAGUCCACACCUGCUUGCCCCGGGGGCAAUUGUCACCUAGCCCAGCCAACCACGUCCCAGGGAACAGGACCCGAGUUUCCAAGUCUUCUCAUUCCCUAAAGAAGAUGUGAAACCUGGCUUUUUAUGUGAAACUUCACUAUUUUUAAAAAGUUGGCUCAGUUAUUUUUAAAACAUUAUGUAGGCCAACAAAGCCUGCCUGUGGGCUGCCAGUUCGCUCCUUCUGUCUUCGACAGAGCCAUUGUUCCUCGCUGCACUCACCUCUUCCCUGCCUACCACUGACAGCUGCGCUAAGCAAGCUGUGACAUGGACUUCAGCAGCCCAGGGAUGCACACCUGUCUGUCACCCUGUGACUCCUACCUAGCUGAGACCUCAGGCCGCUGAACUUGCCGGCUGUUCUCACAGUCGUACCUUCUCACUGUCCUCCAAGGGGGAGACAUCUGAGAAAGCCCCUCCCUCUGACUUACCUGACACAAAUUCCUUCUCUCCAGCCUCAGGGAGCAGAAGGAGGUGAGAGAAUACACACCCCAUCUUCAUGGCGUCAUUAGUGGACUUAAUAUGGCCCUUGGUCACUGGAAAACAGGCACAUCCCCUCUAAAAGAUGGGGUCCCACAGCUUGUUGACCCACCGCAGAUGGGGUCUCUGAGGCCCUUAGGCAGCUGAGAUGGAGUAACAAAUGUCUUCUGACACCCCAUCUUGGGUUUGCCAACAGCCAACGUACAGACAGUCAUAGGCUGGAGAAGGGCUGUCCCUCAGAGGGAAGGAGAGAGGACUUUAGAGAGAAUCAGCUCAGGGAUUCUCUCUUCCACUUCCCCAGUCUCAGCCCUGCCCCACAGCAAGGAACAACAGCUCAUUCUGCUUUGGCCUCCUCACUCUUCUGGCUGCUGAACUAAGCUCAGAAUGGCUAGGGUCUUGAAGCCUGUCCUCAUAGACCACACUUGCACAUGGGGUGCAGAGUUAUCAAGGGACGGAGCAAUGUGGCUGGGAUGCAGUUUCAGGGAACGCUGGGUGUGAGAGGGAACUUGCUCCUGCUACCCCUCCCUGUCUCUAAACUGCCCCCAUGGUAAGCUGAUUUUAUUGGCUGCUUUGCAUAAUUGUAACACACUCAACUUUUCCUGUUGCAACUAGACUCUCAACCCUGUGCUGACUCUCCCGUCUCCAGGAGGGGGUGAUCCACACCUCCACCUGCUUUGGUAGCGCUGUCUAGAGUUCCUCCCUUUGUUCCUGUCUUGUUCUUUCACACUCUAAUUGAAACUCACUUCAUCUUGUUUCGUCUAGACUCUAGACUCACAGAGAGGGCUCUGUUGAAGGGGAGCGAUUCCACAUAGCAGGGAGCUCAGGAAGUGGCUGCCUCCAGCUGUGUGGGCUGUACCAGCCUUUGUGCAUUAUGAUGACAAAGCUCCUGGGAUCCUGGAGCUCAGAAGAUCUGACCCCAAGGCGUCUGGUUCAGGAGAUGCCAUUAAGAGCAUUCUGCCCCAUCCACAUACCCUCAAUACUUGGCAAUCGGUCAAGUUUACCUAAGGACACCUGGGACAGCUGAGGACUCUCCUGAAUCUAAAUUGCUUCUGGGGUGAGUGCUGCCAGGUUUAAAUCAGACUGACAGAAUUUCCAGCCCAGAGAAUUAUAUGACAAUUUGUGCUGUAGAGGCAUCUUCCCAGGGUGGCUAGCCAUUUCCUUGUUCUGGUGUUCGGGAACAAAGGCCUCCUAGCUACCGGGACUUGACUUAAGACCAUUCACUCUGCAUUAAUCUAGACUCUCAUCUCAGGGCAGCCAGUGCCGCUGGAGCCACAUGGACCCCACCCUACAAGCUAUUGUCUGCAUUCAAAGUCUUAGUUUUCUUGGGAAGGAAAUGUAUAAGAAACAAAGAAAAGAACCAGAAUUCCCCCGCAACUUACUUAGCAAUACAUUCAGGAGCUGACUUAGAGAUAGCUAUGAAGCGGUAGAUGACUCCCAAGUCCCAACCCUAUCAGGUUCAAAUCCAUCCGCCGGAAUCCAGAGGCAGCCUGGGACUCAUUUUCAUGCCUGUUUUUUCCCCUAUAAUAUUCUGGGUUUUCAAGGCUCUUUUCCACAUUUCCUGUAAACAAUGCAUCUCACUUUUAAAGAUUUUACUCUAAGCUGUUUUAACAGUGUGGCUAAACUAUAAAUGUACUUGCUGGAUCCAUCCAUUUCUUUAACAAGCCAAUAAAGUUUUAUAAUUCCUC